GGACCUUUUAGUACAACUGGAGCACUAGAAGUUUCAGGGCAUCACUGGCAGAGCAUGGAGAACCUGGAGACCAGGGGAGGGAGAGAGAGGUUUGUGCCUGAUGACAUGAGGACUCCUCCAGGGUUGGUGGACCAAGGACACAAUCUGAUGAUGGAGAGGAAAAUAGUGGAGGGGUACAAGUUUGUGGAUGUGUUUCUGACUGGUGGUGCUCCCUGGGGAUUUACUCUGAAAGGUGGAAGAGAACAUGGGGAACUUCUAAUCAUCACAAAGGUUGAAGAAGGGAGUAAAGCUGCUGAGACCUUAAUAGCAGGAGAUGAAAUUGUCAAUAUAAAUGAUAUACCGCUCUCAGGUUAUCGGCAAGAGGCAAUCUGUCUGGUGAAAGGAUCACAUAAGACGUUAAAAAUGGUCAUUAAAAGGAAAAAUGAUAUUGCUUAUAGACCCCAUUCCUGGCAUUCAACGAAAUUUAUUGAAAGUCCCAUGGAAACUUUGACUGCACAACUGUCAAAUUCCAAUCUUAACCCGUCAUGGAAUUCCCAAUACCACUCCAGUUCUUCAUCUCAUGACUUAUCAAGCUCUUGGGACCAAGCCAACUUGCAGAGGAGUUCUGGGCAUUUCAGCUCAGUGGGAAGUAUGGACAGUAUUGACCAAACCUACCAAUCUGGUAAAUUGUCGUCUUCUAAAUCUAAUAACAGCAUAGACUAUGUGGGUAACCAGAAUAAGAGGGAUUCAGCAUAUGGUUCUUUUUCUACAAGCUUCGUCACCCCUGAACACAGUUUAUCUAAAAACAGUUCUGUUUCCAGUGAAAAUAUCUUGUAUCAAAUUAAUGAAUGGGACAAUGCCAAACCAACACAUGGCAAAGGUGGACAGGUUUCACAGGAUCUUAGAAGAGUGGAUGAUAAGCAGGGCUACCAGUCUCCAUCCUUGUCCGUUGACAGUAACAAACAACAACGAACGGAAGACAAUGUUGAGUCAAGACAAUCCGGACGCUCAAAUUUUGGGCCAGUUUGGCAUGUUCCAGAUAAGAGAAAAACUGCUUCGUCACCUCCUCCCCCACCUCCACCACUCCGAAGUGACAGUUAUGCUGUAACAAAAAGUCAUGAGAAACCUGCACCUACUCAUUCCGAGUUAACAAGCACACAGCACUUUAAUGUUGCAAAUAGAUCUCAUUUAAGACCUGACUGGAAUUCAGAGAUUUCGGAUUAUCAACAAAGACUUUUAAGAGCACCUGAUAGGCGAAUAAGUAAUUCUUCAUAUAAGUCUGAAAUCCAUUUGGAUCAAAUAGCAUCUUAUAAAGAAAAACACCAAAAUAGUGUACCACAUUCCGGGAGGUUACAGUCUUCUCAGUCUACAAGUGAUGUUAGAUUUGCUCAGCCCUCUUAUAAUUACCAUCACCAGCGUCAAUACAGUGAUGAAAGCACUUUCUUUCAAAAUACCAGAGUUUCUCCAUUUGUUAAUGCACCACCACAGCAGGUGGCCUUUUCUUCUGGAAGUUAUGAGGUGGAUGCAGACCAACCGAAUGUUUACAGUGCACCUCACACCAGAGGUCCUAGUUUCUCUGAGAGCAACAAUGGGGGAAGGGUAAGAGGGGAUUGUAAUGCACCGAGCCGGAUUUCCAGUGCAAAUUCAAAACAGCCACCUCAAGUAACCAUCUCGCAUCAUCAGUAUAAUGAGGAGUACAGCAAAUCCGAAAUCCCUUCUAAUACAUGGUCCACGCAGCAAGACAGUGGGGCCCUAAAAAGUGGUUACUCUCUACCUCAGCAAAACAAUCAACCUUCACCGGAAAGCUGUGAUGUGUAUAGUUCAAAAGUGAUAGAGAAAAAAGAUAUUUAUCCAAGUAAUAAUGAAAGGAUGAAGCCUAGAAAAGUUAGUGACUCCUAUGAAGGGCACCAUAGCAAUCAUAAUGUAUCACAGCAUGACCUUACCAACAAGCAAGUGUCCCCUAAUAAAUACAGGCCACAUCAAGAUUAUUGCUGGAAUGACCAGGAGGACAGCAAGAUCACACCUCAGAUUACACCAAUGCUGCAUUCUUUAACUCAGGAAGGAAGAAACCGAUCAGUUAGCUCUCCAGACACCAAUGAAAAAUACAUUGAUGCAGCUAAACAUUCCCGACGUAGUGAUCGUUUUGCAACCACUUUGAGAAAUGAAAUACAACAAAGGAAAGCCCGCCUUCAAAAAAGUAAAAGUACAGCAACUUUAACUGAAUGUAAUGAGGGGGAUAGUUUCGAAAGCUGGAAUCAGGAUUCUCCAGAAAGUGUGACCCCUUCUUCUGAUGGCGCCUUUUCAAGCACAUACAAGAACCAUUUAAAGGAGGCCCAGGCAAGAGUUCUUAGAGCUACUUCCUUCAGACGUCGAGAUCUAGAACCAGUGAUUGUUGAUUCUUCACUCUCUCCAGAGCAAAGAAAGCAGGGGUAUAAGGUUUCAAAACCUUCUUUUCAUACUGAUGUUUCUUCCUACCCUGGUGAGCAAGUUCAGCCUAGGCAUGUACCAGUGAGCAGCUCUCAAAAUGUAACUCGUAUCGGUGCCAGAAAAAGGUUUACAGCACAGCAAAAGCUUAAGUCUUAUUCAGAGCCUGAAAAGAUUAAUGAAGUUGGAAUUUGUGAGGAUAAUAACAAUUUUGAAUCGAAUGCAUCUCAAGAAGCUGUUGGAUCUUUUGCAGACAAAUGGAAAUUUUUUGAAGAGACUAGCAAGUCUGCACAGCCUGCUCCAAAAUCAAUUCCUCCCACUUUCACAGAUGAAAAACAUGAAACAUACAAUGUUAAGGAUUAUGAAAAUGUUCCAAGAGAAUCUUGGCUUGAGAAGAGGUCUCGUGCUGCUUCUCUAGGAGCUGAAAAUAUAAUCGAUAGGGAUAAGAACCCUACAGAGCCCCAACAUGGGGCUAGUUAUGAAAGCUUUGAUACUGCACAACAACCUCCGAGGUUAGGGACUUUUGCAGAAUACCAAGCAUCAUGGAAAGAACAGAAACAGCCCUUAGAAAGGAAAAAUUCUGGCCGAUGUCAUUCUGCUGACAAUAUUCUCGAUGCUGGUCUUGACCAAAAUGAAAGAUCUCAAUAUAUCCAUGAGCGGUCCAGAUCAUCUCCUACAACAGACUUCUAUGCACAGGGAGAAAUUGUCGAUUCAAAGAAGCAAGCAACCAGCGAGAGAGAAAAUGCCGAGGACGUUCACUUGACACACUGCAGCAGUAGCAGAGGGAGAUCUUCAGUAAGGAUUGCAGAGACAGAGGACAGAGAAUACCCGUCAGUGGAAACAGAGGAUAGUUCAUCUGAGAGCAAACACAAGCCAACAAGUAAAUCCUCUGAGAUCUCAGACACGGCGAAUGUACCCCAACAAAGCAGGGCAAGAUCUGGGACCCUCCCCAGUGAUUACAGAUUUGUGAAUGAAAAUGUAAAGUACAGAAGCAGAGAUAUUGGCUAUUCAGCUGAUCCUAUUUCAGAAAAUCAGAUUGAUGUCAAGAAUUUCCCACAAACUAGUGAAGGAAACCAGUGGCAAGAUGCAGUGCCUGUGAACAAGAAACGUGGACCAGCACCACAAAGACCUCCUCCACCCAAGCUUGACAAAUACUGGAGACAGAACGGUUCUACAUCUUCUCUUGCCACUUCCACUGAAUCCUUACUGACGACAGCACAAGGGAAAGGUGUUGCUCCUUAUUCUCCUGCAAGCCUAGAUGCCGUUAAGCCUGAGACGACACCUGGCCACAGUCCAGGGGUGCCUUCUGAUAAACACUUAAGUGUCAUUUUGCACAAAUCCCAGCCCUCUGGGUCACUGGAGAAUGUUGGGCAGCACCUAGAGAAAAAACCCGUCAAUUCUGAGUCUGAAAGGUCUCCAAAGCCUUGCUAUCUGCAGAAACCUGGGAUGGAACCUUCACGAUCACCGUCUCCUCAAUUUGCUCCACAAAAGCUUACAGAUAAACCUCCAUUUAUGGUUCAGGAUGAAAACAUGGCAAGGAUUGAGCGAGUGAUAGACAACACUACAGUGAAGAUGGUCCCCAUCAAGAUUGUUCAUUCUGAAAGUCAUGCAGAAAAGGAAAGCAGGAACAAUUUGCUGAGUGCUAUUGAGCCUCCUGCCUUACACACUGCUGUUGGGAAAGAUCAGCUCAAGACUCUCAGCACCUCUGAACAAUCAUAUUCUCGCUUUUGUGCUUAUACAAGGCAUGGGUCAGACCCAGAAGAACAGUCCAGACUAAUGGACAGUCAACCAGUCCUGGAAUCCUCUGAAAACACAAAAGAGGGAGCAAUCUCUUCACUUCCAAGUUGUAACUCCAAGAAUAAGGAUUUGAUUUAUGCAGACUUGAAGUCAGAAGAGCUGGUAAGAGAAAUAGUAGAUAAAGACAAGUCUCUUGCAGACAUUUUAGAUCCUAACACCAAAAUGAUGACCACAAUGGACCUCAUGGAAGGAAUAUUCAGAAAGGAUGAACAUCUCCUAGAGGAAGCCCAACAACGAAGAAAGCUGCAUCCAAAGGUUCCUUCUCCAAGACCUCCAGAUGAAAAAAAAGAGGACCAGAAUACAACUGCAGCAACUUCAUUGACGACCAGUUCUACAUACUACAGCACUUCCGCACCCAAAGCUGAGCUUCUCAUCAAAAUGAAAGAUAUGCAAGAGCAGCAGCACACUGAGGAGAAUUCAGAGGAAGAGCUGGGCCAUAAUUUAUAUGAAAAAAAG